AAUAAUGAUCGUCGUUUGACGACAAGAACCGUGUCAGGGAGGAAGGGGAUUUUGUAAAGGCCACCACAGGUGUCUCACAAACACUCGUGAACGCGUUUUCCACCCUUGAACAAAGCGAUCAUUUUUAUUCGAGUGACUGUUGGAAGUAAUCUUCCUGAGCACUGUCAUCACAGUUAGUUAAUCAUGUGACGAGGCAUUAGAACUUAUGUUCCUGGAAGGUUUUUCAAGAUUAGAGCAGCUACAUUAUUUUUGGUGUUUUUUUUUUGUUGGUUUGUUGUUGUUGGCGGUGCUCUUGCCUCUGCUGGAGAGCAUUUGCAGUUUUGCAAACUCCUGGAUGUAGCAGAAGCCUGUGUCAAGAAGACUACGGUACGUGUACACUGAAAGCACUGAGUGAAGACAAACACACGGGCACAACAACAACCGAGAAAAAAUGUGGAAGAUUAAUAGAAGCAAAGUACUGAUAGACGAUACUUCGGAGGAGGAGAAUAAUACAUUACAGCAACAGACAUGUGAGAAUAAAGACCCAGCAGUUGAAGAGGAAACCACAAGUCCUGUUUCACAGCUUGCUUCAAAGGUUCAGGGUGCAAGUUUUAGGGGUUGGAAGGAAAUGACCUCCUUGUUCAAUAAAGAUGAUGAACACCAGUUGUUGACAGAAAGUAAACCAGCAAAAGUAAAAGGGCCAGGCACAAAAAAGUGUAAAGAAGAAGUAAAAAGUGAAAGGCGUUCUAGUUUCUGGGACAGCGUCGGUAUAAAACAAAUAUCACCUACCAAGAAACCAGAUGAGAGUGAAGGGUGGGAACCUCCACACGUAACUGAAGAGGACACUGCUAAAGACAAUUGUAGCAAUUUAAAUGACUCUGCUUCCUGGCCUGGUUGGGAGGAUGAAACAAGAGCUUCUUCUAAAUACACAAACUUGGCUGCAUCAGGAAACCCUGGCUCUAGGUGGAGUAUAAAAUCAGCAGGGAAGCUGGUUAGCAUGAGGAAACGAAGCAAAGGAAAUCUUACUGACAACUGGGAAGAACUAGAAUAAACUACUGCUGAUUUUAGAAUUCAAAUUUCAACACCUGCCAAUGUUUUGUUUUUUUAACCUUCACAAUUUAUAUGGAUACAGCAAGCUUCACCUUUGGUUGUAGAUUUGAUAUAUGAAGUGUUGUUGCAAGCUUCAAGAGAACAGAUAUAUAAAUGCAGAAUUCAAUAAAUGCCUUAUAUGCUGUUAAGUACUGUAGUGAAAUUGCUGUAGAGUGAAGAUUUAUAUUUGAUCAUGCAUAUUUGCCACUGGAAAUACUUGCUUAAAUUGUGUGGAAAUGAACAUUUUGGCUAAAGACACUCGCACACACCUAAUACUGUAAACUUUAUAGUGUUUGUUUUCUGUUUGUGUUCUGUCAUGACCUGUUGCCUUAACUAAUUUCAAUUUGAAAUGAUCAUUUUGCUCAUUUUAUUUAAAAGUAAACUUGAUUUUUCUCUUGCCUUUACGGUAAUGAAUUUUGAAUAAAAUAUUUAAGGGUAAAUGUCAUUGCUGUGGUGUUUAGAGGUAUAAUGGAACUGAAGAGUCAGUAAAGCAAUGCCAUUACCACUAUUAUACUACAAUGUUUUAAGGUUAUUUAUUUACCUUUGUUUAUCGGAAAUCAUGAUUGUAGUCCACUGGAAGAGGUUGUUUUUUGCAAGUGUGGCUCAAUCAUCAGGGAUGAGCAUUUCAUCAGUAAAUGGUGGUUUUAUAACAGGUGUUGUUAAUUAGUGUCACCAUCGCUGCCCUCAUCCGUGUUUUAUUUGUUGACUGUUUUUGAGAAAUAGCAGCACAGCUGACCUCCAUAUAAGACAAUGGGAGAGUAGUGUUCGGUUGUUGUGUGAUUAGAUAAUACAAAAUUAAAAUAUAUAACCAGGAAAACUGAGUAAACAUGAGGUGCAUCAGUAACAUUUUCUGAUAUAGCUGCACACCGGCUCUGGGGCAUUUUGUCAUUCCUGCAAUGAGUUUGUUGUAUUAAAUGCUCCAAUGGAUAAGAUGCCUUGUUUAAGCAACACCAGUGCUGGAUCUUUCCACAGCCUUCCAUUGCAUACUUUAUAUACUGUAACAAUAAGCAGUACUAACUUACCUUUGAGCAAGAAAUAUGAGUUUCUUGUUUUAUUAUAAUUGAAUAGAAAAGCAGAGUUGUUUUUACUGCAAUGCCUUUCCCUCUUAUCUCUUCAUUUUCUCAGGUUUGUACCAGCGAUAAAUCUAGUUAAAAGCU